CUCAAAUUCCCCUAAAACUAACCCAACUGUUGAGUUUGCUUUGCAUAAUUAAUUAAUUAUUUCGUAUGAAUAAAAUAAUAUUGAAAUCAAUUGUACAAAUUGAAAGAAAAAUAAAUCGGAAUCGGAGAUCAGAGAAAUCAAAUGGCUUCGCAACUAAUUGUUCUCCUUUUCCACGUAAUUUGGCUCUCUUCAGCGUCUCUUCCAGCCUCAGCUUACCAACCUGAAAGCGGAAGCACAGAGAGAAGCGUUGGGCAGAGACUUCUUUUGGGUUUCAAAGAAACGCCUAGUGGAAGCAAUCGCACUUUCGAUUGCUCUCCUUCUGGUCCCUGCGUUCCCUGUCUCUACUCUGAAAAGAGUGAUGACAAAUAUCGAUGCAGUGAGACUGGCUAUCGUAUUCCUUUGAAAUGUGUAGAAAUUGAAGAAGGUGCCAAGAAUGAAAAUGAGCAAAAAACUAAAGAGAGCCGCUCUACUCUUGAAACUUCUGCUGACAGCAUGAAACAACAUGUAAUGUUACAUGAUGCAGGCGGAAAUGUCACUUCAGUAAAACAUAGAAGUGUACUGGAUGAUUCAUCCACAUCAGAGGACAAGUCACAGGCAUUUAUUACUUACAGAAGCUGUAUACCAGCAGUAAAUGAAGAGAAGUUGUCAGUAAUUGGUUUUGAGAGUGUAGUAUUGUGUUUGUUGCUCAUUAGCGGGUCAGUUGUCUACUUCAGAAGAAAGCGGACUGCUGUCAUGCCAGGAGUGGGGGCAGGGAGGAUCCAGACUAACUCUAGGUUUUAAUCAACUCUCUAGUAUUUCAAGCUUGCUCAUUUAUGUAAAGUCAAUUUCUAGUGAUUGUCGAGCUACAUAGUAUAGCAUCGGGGGCAAAUUGUUAAUCGAUACCAUAUGCAAUCUUCAGUAUGUUGCUCUAUAAUUGUAUUAUUGAUUGUUUAGUAAAAUUAUUCUUUAUUUA